AUGUUCGCUCAGCUCAUUCGACCGCUGACCGUCGAUGCUUUCUUCCGCGAUGUUUGGGAACGGGCGCCGCGGGUUUUCCAGGGAGCCCUGGAGUCCCGCUUGGCGCCUCUGAGCUGGGAGGUGCUCGAUGAGGUGCUCCUGCGAGCCUUGGCGCCCGGGUGCCCCGAAGAGACAGAGCUGGUGAUCUACAAAGGCCUGAAGCUCUCCGAGGAGUACUCCUCUCCUACUGCUGCCUAUCUGGACGGUGCCUCAAUCAUCGUGAACCAUGUGGACCAGGUUUGGAGGCCGGUUUUCGAGCUGUGCCGAGCCUUGCGCGAGUUCCCCUCCCUGUACGCCAACUGCUACGUGACCCCGCAAGAGUCGCAAGCAGCGCCGCCACACGCAGACGAUCGGGAUGUCAUCGUCUUCCAGCUCGAAGGCGCAAAGCACUGGAAGAUCUACGGUGAGGCUCCCAUCUAUAUGCCCUACCCAAGCGAGCAGGUGGGCAAGAACGGCCUCGAGGUCCCUCCCGAGCUGCUGGACUCCACGCCUGCUUUCGAGCAGACCUUGAAGGUAGGGGAUGUCCUCUACGUGCCCCGCGGCUACGUGCACGAGGCCACCACACAGAACGAGGCCUCUCUUCAUCUGACGGUGGCUGUGCCGACCUACGACUGGACCGUCUCGCGGGUACUCUGCGAUGCCUUGCAAACCCUGUUGGAUGGUCCCGGAGGCCGCGAGGAAAAUCCUUGGCGGAGAGCUGUUCCCUUCCGGGCCGGGCGCUGGACUGAGAUGCCAGGCGUCUUCGACAAGGUGCGUUUGCGAGAGAUCGUGGAGCACAUCGAUCUCAGCCACGCGCAGGCCGUCUUCCGGGCAAAGAACGCUCACCACAACGGGCGUCAAGAAGAAGCCUUGAGCUCUGCAGAGUCCUGCCCAACGGCCCGUCCAGCUGUGACGAGCUCCACCGAGCUACGGUGGCACAGCGGUGGCGGCUCCGUGGAUGGCUUCCAGGACGUGGAUUUUGUUAGCCCAGACGGGGCACAGUGCAACCUGGAACAGGUGCUAAAGCUGUUGCCGAAGAACUCUCCCCUUCGACCCUCUGAAAUUUCUAGUCACGCUUUCCCGAAGAAGAGAAGGCGCACCGAGGACCCCAAAGAGCGGAAGUGCCACAGACACCCGAGGGAGCUGCUGGCGCCGGAUCUGAGGGGUGUGGUAUUGAUCGAGGCGGCAGGGGAGUACGCGACACAGGCCGAGUUCGAAGCUGCAGAGCUACAGCUGCUGCGGGCGGUGGAGUACCGAAUGCACAGGCCGACACCCCUACAUCACAGAGAUUGGUUCGUGGAGCACGUUCACAAUUUCGAGGGCUUCGGCGAACGGAAGGAGAAGGUAAAGCUGGCCUCGACAUUCAUUUGCGAGUUGGCCCUCCUGAGCGAGGCCGCAGGACGCUGGGCCCCAUCGCUACAUGCCGCCGCAACCGUGAUGAUCGCCGGCACGAUGUUUGGGAGGCGGCAACAGCCGAAGCGUUGCACGAGGUUACUUGUGUCUACUUUAUGCAUCAGAGGGUUUUGCAGCGUGCCAGUGUGCGUUCGGAGAACAUGUGCAAGGCUUGCGGAGCAUUCUGCUCUCGUCCAGAAAGGAAGUCUUCGUAGUAGGGCUUAA